GUCGUGGUGUAUAAAUGAUGCGGGAUACAUCGAUGUAGCUCAUUCCUUGUCAAGACUUGUAAACCAAUAAUAAUGGCACUCAAGCUUGCAGUUCUGUGUGCAAUUGUGGCGACAGCGAGCGCUGGAGAUGUUCUGAGCGGUCACUAUUACCACGCACCCCAGCCACUGGGUUAUGCAGCCCCAGUAACUAAAGUGGUGUCACCAGUGGCCUAUGCCACUCCAGCGGUUGCUAAAGUCCCAGCAGUUGCAACUCCUCUCCUCACCAAGCACAUUGACGAAGAAUACGAUCCAAAUCCACAAUACAGCUAUGCCUACGAUGUCCAGGACUCGAUAACCGGAGACAACAAGCAGCAGCACGAAAGUAGGAAUGGUGACGUUGUUGAGGGAAGUUACAGUUUUAUCGAAGCCGAUGGCACCCGUCGUAUUGUCGAAUACACCGCUGAUCCACACAACGGAUUCAACGCAGUUGUUCACAAAGAACCAGCAAUCACUAAAGCUGCAUCAAUAGUUGCACCACCACCAUCACCACUACCACUUGCCUAUGCACCAGCUUCAAUUGUCACUAAACCCUUGGGCUAUGCUGCACCAGGUCCCUACUCCCAUUUCAUUCACUAGGCCAAAUCCAUUCAGUAAAUUCACCAUCGCUGGACAUCACAUUUUUUCAUGGAUCUUAUGAUGUUACGCGUAAUCAAUCGAUCACUCGAUAUGAAUCAUCGUUAUUUAUACGUUAUUUUACCAAACUGUUUCAGCGAGUUUUUGUAUCCAAUAUAUUUCAAUAAAAACUUGUAAAUAUCA